AUGCCUUCGGAACAAGGUCACAGACUCUAUGUCAAGGGUCGCCACCUGAGCUACCAGCGUGGAAAGCGCAACACCAACCCCAACACAAGCUUGAUCAAGAUUGAGGGUGUUGAUGAUGUUUCCGCCGCCAACUUCUACCUCGGAAAGAAGGUCGCUUUCGUCUACCGCGGAAAGAAGGAGGUCCAGGGCUCCAAGAUCCGUGUCAUCUGGGGCAAGGUGACCCGACCACACGGCAACUCCGGCGUCGUCCGCGCUCAAUUCCGACACAAUCUCCCUCCUCAGACUUUCGGUGCCACCGUCCGCGUCAUGCUCUACCCUUCAAACAUUUAA